AUGGACUUUACAAAUCCUGGUGUGAUAGUUCAACAAUUAGAAAAUUAUUCUAAGGAUCCUUUAAAUAAUUUAGAUAGUAUAAUUAAACUUUUAAAACAAAUUACUUUUACGACUCAAAGUAACUUGACAUACAGGGAGACUUUAGGGAACAUAUUUAAGUUCUGGAGAGUUAUAACCAAACUUUGGGAGUGGUCAAAAGAAAAGUUUUUAAAGGAGGAACUUAUCGUCUUGCCUAUCGUAUUAGAGCUCGUUCGACUUUUUCGAAAUAUUGUCGCAGAAGUUUCCGAAAAUCAAAAUCAAGCUUUGGAAAAUAAAUGGAAUAAAAUUAUCGAGGAAAUUUUGUGGUACUCUAUGUUAAAAUUCAAUUUUGAGGCUGAUAACAAGCUUGUUACUAUUAUAAGGUUCGGAUCGCAAGCGUUAUCCAAUACUAUAACCGGGAAUGCAGAUGCUCAAGAUCUAAUUUGGUCAGAUUACAUGAAUCGAAAUGAAUCUAAUGAUAUUUUAAGUGAGCUUGUUAAGUGUGAUGAUAGUGUUGUCUUGACGGGUGCUUUAAUCCUUGUAUUAAUCGAAUCACAACCGGGAAUACGCCUUAUAAAACUUUUAUUAGAACGAGCUGAAGAUCUUCUUGAAGAUGAAAGCUCCCAAAAUUUUGAAUUAAUAUACGCGUUAGUUUCGCGUUUAAUAGACUUUAGUCUUUUCCCAUUAUUAUACGAUUCAUUAAAUCAACCACAAAGAGUUUUCAAUUCAAUUUGUCAUCAAGUCAUAUAUUCCAUGCUGCAACUUGUUGAAAAUGAUUCCAUAAUACCUUCAAGUCGCGAAAAUCGACAAGAAAUGGAUGAUUCGCGCCUAUUAUAUACCGGAUUAGUGUUGUUCCUGCAAUGUAUUGGAAAAAUGAGUCAAGAAGGAGAUAACAAAAUACGCGAAUGUUUAUUCAAGGAAGGGAUUAUCGCUUCCAGUAUAUGUGAGGCCGAUAAGUCCCUUCCACGUCUGAAUAAAGCAACCGACAUUCAAAUUUCACAUACAUUUCAACAAGCUUCUUCAGAAUUCGCGUUCAUUAAAAGAGAUAUCGUCAAAAUCAUAGGUAAUAUGGCAUAUGAAAACAAGAUCGUUCAAGAUGAGGUUCGCAAAUUAGGUGGAAUUCCAUUAAUAUUAAAUCAAUGCAAUAUUGAUGAUAAUAACCCAUAUAUUCGGGAACAUGCGAUCUUUGCUAUACGGAAUAUUUUAAUUCACAAUCCUGAAAAUCAAAAACUUGUUGAGCAACUUGCGCCAAUUGGAACAGUUCAGCAUUCAGCCUUACAAGAUGUUGGUAUUAUGACAGAACUUGGAACAGAUGGGAAAAUAAAGUUCUCAUCAACGAAACUUGAAAAAUGA